CGAACUGAGGCAACUGACGCGAUCAUUCUUAAAGAUUCUGUGUUUAGUAGGAACAAUUUCAAAAUGGCGGAGAGAAAUGAAGGACUGAGUGACGGAAGUGACAUAGAAAUAGAAUACGACGAUCAGCGAGAUGAUUUUGUGGGUGAAAUUGAUCCAGAAAUAAAUGGUGGUGAGGUCAACUUCUUGGAAGAAAAUGAAGAAGAUGCUGAUUUCUGUGGAUAUCAGAACAAUUGGGUGUAUGAAAAUUUCUAUCCGCGUCUAGGAAAUCCAUUUAAAAAACCUGCAGGCGCAACAGUUGUACACCCAGCAGAGGCAUCCGCUGGGCAGUAUUUGGAACUUUUUUGGACCAACGAACUGCUCGACAAAUUAAUGCAAGAAACCAAUAAUUAUGCCCACCAGGAGCAAGAAAAAAACUCAUCCUCUUCAAAAGGACGUCCUUGGAGGCCAGUUGAGAUGAAUGAUAUCAAAGUCUUUAUAGCACUUUGUUUUUCCAUGGGGAUCCUGAGACUUCCAGAUAAGUCUGAUUAUUGGAGGCAGUCUAAGUGGAUAUUUUCUACAAAUUUCAACAAAGUAAUGUCCAGGGACAGAUUUUUUCAAAUUUGGAGGUAUUUACAUAUCCAAAAUAAUGAAGUUAAGUCAGAGACACCGGAUAAACUUUGGAAAAUUCGUUGGCUUUUAGAAUUCCUGAAUACAAAAUUUACAGAACUAUAUGUACCCUACGGAAAUGCAACUGUGGACGAAAGUAUGAUUAAAUUCAAGGGAAAAUUAUCCUUUCGGCAGUACUCAUCAAAAAGGUCUGUAAAAAGGGGGGUGAAAGUUUAUGCGCUAGCUGAAAGUGAGACUGGCUACUUAAGUAGAUUCCAAAUUUACACGGGAAAGGAAAUUGACCAAGAGAAAGGACUUGCUCACACAGUUGUAAUGGACCUGUGCCACCAUUAUUUUGGGUCCAACUUGUGUGUCUACAUGGACAACUUUUACACAAGUCCAGAACUCCUGAAGAACCUUCACUCACAAGGAAUAAUGGCAUGUGGAGCUGUACGUGUGAAUCAGAAGGGACUUCCAAAAGAUUUGCUACCCAGCAAAGUGAACCUUCAGAAACACGAAUUUAAGGUUGCACAAAAGGACAGCUUGACAUACUGUGUAUGGCAAGACACAAAACCCAUAACUGUCAUUUCCAACUUCCACGACCCAAUCCACCGUGGUCAGGUAUCCAGACGAGCAUCUGAAAGUGGUGUUGUGGAGGUUCCAUUGAUGGUGGCUGACUACCAGCGUAAUAUGAAAGGAGUGGAUCUUUGUGAUCAAAUGGUAGGAUAUUACCUACUGAACCACAGGUCCAAGAAAUGGUGGCGUUGCAUAUUUUUUCACCUUUUGAUGGCAUCGGCCCACAAUGCAUACAUUGUUGCCAAGGACACUCACCCUGAAAUUGCACGAGAAAAAUGGCCUGGUUUCCAAGAUUUCAUCGAGGAUAUUGUGGAAGACCUCAUUGGUGACACAAGGGCAAGGAGGGAACCACCAAAAGUUGACUGUGGGGGCAGAGCCACAGCUCAUGAUAUUAAUAUUGUGAAGUUGUUUCCUAAGAACAAAGUGUGCCGGGAGUGUUCACUUUCUGGACCUCAGGGUCAGAGGAAAGGUGUGACAAAAUUUGGUUGCAGACAAUGUAGCAUUCCUGUGCACUUAGAGUGCAGCUCAAAGCACUUUACAAGAAUGAUGAAUGUGAAAUAGAGAGGAAUCUUGAAUAUGAUUAU